AUGACCAAUGAAAACAAUGUGAACGGAGGAGCACCAGCUGUCGACAGCGAGGGCUUGAUCGAGGGAAACUAUGAGGAAGUCGUUGAGACUUUUGAUGAAAUGGGACUGAAAGAAGAGCUCCUUCGCGGAAUCUAUGCCUUUGGUUUUGAGAAACCAUCUGCUAUCCAGAAGCGUGCCAUCGUUCCGUGCACCACUGGAAAGGACGUCAUUGCGCAGGCUCAAUCCGGUACCGGAAAGACCGCUACGUUCUCCGUUUCAAUUCUUCAGAGAAUUGAUCACACUGAUCCAAGAGUUCAAGCUCUUGUUAUGGCUCCAACCAGAGAACUUGCUCAGCAGAUUCAAAAAGUUAUGAGCGCAUUGGGAGAGUACAUGAACGUCAACAUUCUUCCUUGUAUCGGAGGAACUAGCGUUAGAGAUGACCAGCGAAAGCUCGAAAAUGGAAUUCAUGUCGUCGUUGGAACACCAGGACGUGUUAACGAUAUGAUCGGAAGACAAUCUCUUGACACCACCAACAUCAAGAUGUUUGUUCUUGACGAGGCCGACGAAAUGCUCUCGCGUGGUUUCAAGGACCAGAUCUAUGAUGUUUUCAAGACUAUGCCACGAGACGUUCAAGUUGUUCUUCUUUCCGCUACCAUGCCAGCGGAAGUGCUUGAAGUCACUCAGAAGUUCAUGCGCGACCCGAUCAGAAUCUUGGUCAAGAAGGAUGAGCUUACCCUCGAGGGUAUUCGGCAGUUCUUCAUUGAUGUCCAAAAAGACGAAUACAAAUUCGAGACCCUUUGCGAUCUCUAUGAUGUUGUUGAUGUCACUCAGGCCGUUAUUUUCUGCAAUACCCGUAGGAAGGUAGACCAGCUCACUGAGCAAAUGAUUAAGAAGAAGUUCACUGUCUCGUGUCUUCACGGAGAUAUGGAGCAAGCCGAAAGAGAUGUCAUCAUGAGAGAGUUCCGAUCAGGAUCUUCCCGUGUUUUGAUCACUACCGAUAUUCUCGCUCGUGGUAUUGACGUUCAACAAGUUUCUUUGGUCAUCAAUUACGAUUUACCGACCAACCGCGAGAACUACAUCCAUCGUAUCGGACGUUCUGGACGUUUCGGUCGUAAAGGAGUUGCCAUCAACUUUGUUACCCAAAACGAUGCUUGUAAAUUGAAAGAAAUCGAGCAGUACUACACCACUGUCAUCGAGGAGAUGCCACAAUCGAUCGCUGAUCUUCUUUAA